GAGCGGUAAGCGCCCCCCGACGCCGAGCAAGACAUCUGGCCCGCCAUGCCCAAGGAAAUCCGCGACAUCAAGCAGUUCAUCGACAUUGCCCGGAGAAAGGAUGCUGUCGAGGCGAGGAUUAAGAAGAUAGCCCCUCGUGUGCCCGGUGCGAAGACACGGACGAAGUUCAAAAUCCGGUGCUCGCGCUACCUCUACACGCUUGCGCUUGAGGACCCCGAGAAGGCAGACAAGCUGCAGCAGAGCCUACCACCAGGCCUCACCGUGACUGAGGUCAAGAAGACACCCAAAAAGAAGUAGAGCACCGACUCUGCACUCGUCGUGGUGGACUAUGGCUUUCGCUCUCCAGUCUUUGGGCACUGUUGGGCAUUUAUGUGGGAUUGUAUGCUCCAAGUUACUUGAUAAUAUGCAUACGUACAGCGCACGACACCACGCUGUUCCUCUGUAUCAUUACGAUGUCGAUGCAACCUU